AUGGGCCUGGAGCUGCUGUUCCCCAUACGACCAGACGAGGGCAGCAGCACCCUGCGAAAGACGCCACGCUGCCAGGCUGCCUGGACGCCCCAGCGGGAGCCCAGAGAGGCCCGGACCACCAAUUCUGUGGACUCCGACGAGCUCCUCUGCCCACGAUCAGCAGCGCAGAGCCGCAGGACAAGCAGGGAGCGUGCGCCCGCCGCGGCCCCGCCCACCAGCCAGGCCCGCGGCGGGCCUGAGCGCGCUCCCAUUGGCUGCUCCGCGGCGGCGCUAGCGAAAGCCGACAUCAUUUCAACCGUGGAAUUCAACUAUAAUGGGGACCUUCUUGCGACUGGAGACAAAGGCGGCAGGGUCGUGAUUUUCCAACGGGAACAAGAGAAUAAGAGCCGCCCUCACACUCGAGGAGAGUACAAUGUUUACAGCACCUUUCAGAGUCACGAGCCAGAAUUUGACUAUUUGAAGAGUCUAGAAAUUGAAGAAAAAAUCAAUAAAAUUAAGUGGUUGCCGCAGCAGAACGCAGCUCAUUUUCUACUUUCUACAAAUGAUAAAACUAUUAAACUGUGGAAAAUAAGUGAACGGGAUAAAAGAGCAGAAGGUUAUAACUUGAAAGACGAAGAUGGACGCCUUCGAGAUCCGUUUCGAAUCACAGCACUGCGGGUGCCCAUAUUGAAGCCCAUGGACCUGAUGGUGGAAGCGAGCCCUCGGCGGAUCUUUGCAAACGCUCACACCUAUCACAUCAAUUCCAUUUCCGUGAAUAGUGACCAUGAAACGUAUCUUUCUGCAGAUGACCUGAGGAUUAACCUGUGGCAUUUAGAGAUCACAGGUAGGAGUUUUAACAUUGUGGACAUCAAGCCGGCCAACAUGGAGGAGCUGACGGAGGUGAUCACGGCCUCCGAGUUCCACCCGCACCACUGCAACGUCUUUGUCUACAGCAGCAGCAGGGGCUCCGUCCGCCUGUGCGACAUGCGGGCCGCCGCCCUGUGCGACCAGCACGCCAAGCUUUUUGAGGAGCCGGAAGACCCCAGCAGCCGGUCCUUCUUCUCAGAAAUCAUCUCGUCCAUCUCGGACGUGAGCUUCAGUCACAGCGGCCGGUACAUGAUGACCAGGGACUACCUGUCAGUGAAGGUGUGGGACCUCCACAUGGAGAGCCGGCCUGUGGAGACGUACCAGGUCCACGAGUACCUGCGCGGCAAGCUGUGCUCCCUGUAUGAGAACGACUGCAUUUUCGACAAGUUCGAGUGCUGCUGGAGCGGAGAUGACAGCGCCAUCAUGACUGGCUCCUACAAUAACUUCUUCCGGAUGUUCGAGAGGACCACGCUCAGGGACGUCACACUGGAGGCGUCUCGGGAGAACAGCAAGCCUCGGGCCCUCCUCAAGCCGCGCAAGGUGUGCACAGGGGGCAAGAGGAAGAGGGAUGAGAUCAGCGUGGACAGCCUGGACUUCAGCAGCAAGAUCCUGCACACCAGCUGGCACCCUGCCGACGACAUUGUUGCCGUCGCAGCCACCAACAACUUGUACAUUUUCCAGGACAAAGUCCACUAGCAAAGCUCACAGAGGGUCUGUCUCCCUGUCCCCUCACGCACGCCCGCCGCGGCUGUCAAAGAGGCCUGACCCCUCUCCCGUAGCUCCCUCCCGGGUCCAGGCAGCAGGACGCCCCACUGUCCAUCCGUCCGCCUGCUGUGAGGGGGAAAUGCAGGCCGACUACUCUCAGCCCGCGCAUAACAGCGUCCUUCAGAAUAAACGUAUUUAUUUAAGUCUGCGCCUGUCUCUCCCGUUCAUAGAACAGAAAGCUUAAAUUAAGGCUCCCGAACACGGUUGUCAGGUGUAAACUCUUUUCUCCCCCACUUCUCCCUCUCAGCCAUCUGGGUGGGCCUUCAAGCCCGCUUGGGGGAAGAGCGAUGGCUGUCCAGCCAUAUCUUGGAGCUCAGGUCACACUCCCUUGCUGCCACUGGCUGUCACACCCCCUGGGGGACCCUGAAAUAAAAGCAAACCAGAGAAUGUUUUUGAAAUAGAA